UCAGUUCUGUACAGAUCACCGUAAAAAUGUGUUAAAUGUCAUUGUCACAAUUAUGCGAAAGGUCACAGAAAUGUCGACUUGUAUAUUGUAAAUUGAAAGCGCAUCUCUAGUAAUACGAACAGCUGGUAAUGCUUUUUGUCUGUGUUGUUAUUUUGUUUUUGGUCUCUUAUUGUUAAACAACAUUAUUAGUAGGAAUAAAAUGAUUAGAUUUGAUUGAUUUAGGGCGCUAUGAUGUUUGAAGAGAAUUUAAUAAAUGCUGUGCGCAAAUAUCCAUGUUUGUAUGAUAAAAAAAACAAAACUUCUGAUAAAACUCAACAAAUUCUUAAAAGAUGUUGGAAAAACAUUUCAAUUGAAACUGGUGAGCCUGUGGAAAGGUGCCAAUCCCGCUAGAGAUCACUUCGUGAUCGUUUUGUAAGAGAAAAUAAAAACUAUGUUAAACGAAAUCAAAGAAGUAUGUGGAAAUUUAUGGAAAAUUUGGAGUUUCUCAAGGAGUUCAUAGAUACACGCCGAAAAAAAUGCAAAUUAUCUUUGAAAGAAAACUCCCAGGACAUAUUACAAACAAAAAAUGAAGAAACAAACGAUGCAAGUUUGUGCAGUAAUAGCAACAAUCAUUUUGAAGAGGAAAUCUCUAAUUCUUUCCCAAAAGAAUCGUGUGAAGAGAGCUUAGAUUUCGAAUUUGACGAUUUUGCAGGUAUCGAGGUUCGGACUGAGCGCAAUAUGCCACAUAUUGAAGCUCUGAUUGAAACGCCAGUUAAUGACCCAUCUGGCAGUCAAUCUUUUAGAGAGAUAAUACGAUCAAGAACUCGUACAAGAGACGCUGAAGCAAAUUUUGAUAUGUUGGUUGGUACACUGAAUGAGUACAUUAAAUGUCGAAUUAAUGACAGAAAGAAAAGGAAACAUGAAGAUUUUUUUGGACUACUAAACACCUAUUUUUCCAAAUUACCAGAGAAAGAACAAGAUAAUUUAAAGGCUGAUAUUUUAAUUAUGGUUUUAAAUAAAACGAGAGAAACGUAAUCACUUUGUGAUUUUUUUUGUAAUAAUAAACAAUCAAUUUAAGUUCUUGGUUAGUAUUUGUUAUAGCUUUAGAAUAUUAAAUUUAUAUAUGAUGUUUUUAUUAUCAUAGAUUGUGUCAUUUCGAAGUAUUAUGUAGUAGAAAAUGUUAUUAAGAGAAAAGAAGUACAUAUAUGAAAUACAUGCUUAAUUCAUUUAGAUGCUUUUAUACUGGAGGCUGCUAGGCAUUUAUGUGAUUUUGAUAAAUUUGUGUGGCACUUGUACGUUUGUUGCUGGAGGAUAUGUUAACUAAAUGGUUUUGGUUUGGUGACCAAGCUGUAUAUAUUGGAACAGACAUAAAGAAAUAUUUUUUUAAAACAUAA